AUGUCCAAGGCCGGCGGCGCCGCAGCCCGGCUCAUGUCAGAGCUGCAGCAACUGCAGAAGCAGAAAUGGGUCAACGUCGACUUGAUCAGAGACAACAUCUUCCGCUGGGACAUUGGGCUCAUCGUGCUCAACCAAGAGAGUGCCUAUAAGAACGCUUAUCUCAAGUGCGAGAUGAUGUUCACCGAAGAGUACCCGUAUGCUCCGCCGUCUUUCAAGUUCCAAAUCCCCAUCUACCACCCCAACGUCUACCCGGACGGGCGAGUCUGCAUCUCCAUCCUGCACCAACCCGGCGAGGAUUCCACGUCCGGCGAGGCCGCUUGCGAGCGUUGGUCACCCCUCCAAGGUGUCGAGUCCGUUCUGCGCUCCGUCCUCCUCCUCCUCGACGAUCCCGAGAUCAGCUCGCCUGCCCACGUCGACGCUGGCGUCAUGUAUCGCGACAACCGUGCAGAGUACAACAGGAAGGCCGCCGACACCGUGGAGAGAUCCAAAAGGGACAUCCCGGCGGGUUUUGUCAUGCCCACCACCAUCAUCGAGGAGGCACCAGUUUUAAAGGAUGCAGAUGAUGACUUCUGGAACGAGGACGACGAGCUGGACGACUUCGACUUCGGGUCUGGUACAGACGAGGAGAUCCAGGACGAAGACGAGGACGAGGAGAACGGCAGCGACGAGGACGAGUCAUAA